UCGUUUUCUCGUUAAGGAAGAAAAGCAUUCCUUCCACAACGGUCCUCUGUCGUAGCCAUCGUACGUGAAGAGUCAAAUUACGGCGUUCUCUGCAGCGUGCUAUAUUGCAUCUCGUAAGCGCGAGAGUGAGAUGUUCAAAUUCAAGCAAUGGAGAAUCAAGAAUUGAUCAGUAAAUCGUCGAAGCCUCGGCUGGCCAGUUCUGGUCAGUCCGCGCGGAAUGCCGUUGGGAACGAAAUGCAUGACAACCGACGAGGAAAAUGCGUGACUUGUAUGAUGAUUCUGUCUGCGAUUGUCGCAGGAUUAUUGCUCUUCGUGAUCUUGAGCGUAUGCAUUGCGAAGGCGGUUUUGCCGUAUCCAGCGCACGCGUCAUGUCAAGUUAACAUUACUUUCUUUGGCGAUCAGUACGAUAAGGCUUUACCGAUUUGCGAUGCGGUCAAAAACGCUCUUUUGGGAAACGUGACGGAAAACGAGCUUCAAGCCACACAUCAAACAAACGAUGCGUUCGGAUUUAUUGAUGCCAUGCAUUUCAAGUUCUUGGACUCGCCUCGAGGAGAUUGUCUUGUGGAAGCCUUCUCCACUUCGACGGUUUUCUUCGCUUAUUUGGACUUCUCAGUAAUAAAAUUGAUUUCAAAUUCGUUUAGAGUGAACAGAAUGGCCAGUCUAGUAACAAAGGUCAGCUCCCAGAUCCCAAAGCUCGUUGACCGAGCCAGGCCGAAUGUUCAAUGGUUCAUGCGGUAUGCAAAGGUUGAACUGACUCCACCCACACCGGGAGAGAUACCCAUCGCUAUAAAGCAAUUUACUCAGCUUUUGGCUUCUGCAGGACGUGGGAAAUGGCAGCAUGUUUCCGUCAGGGAAGCGUGGUUGAACACUCUGGUGACGUUUGAAGUCUUUUGCUGGUUCUUCAUUGGAGAGUGCAUCGGGAAAAGGAACUUGGUUGGCUACAACGUUUGAAGCCCACGUCUCAACCUUAUUUAGGAUGUUAUCUUUCGAGGACUCGUCGCUUUGGUUUCAUUCUAGGAAAUCGGUGCAAUUGUGUGUGGCGAUGUUCGUAGUUCCGUGAACUGAAUUUAAAAUGAGAUUUCUUUGCAUGUGGUGUAA